AUGGAUCUCUACUCGGUCCUCGAGCCCAAUCAGCAGCUAACGGACACCAAGUCGUUAAAGCUUGUUGAACUGAACUCUGAGGUCUUGCAAGCCAUAGAAAAAAAGGCCGAGCUGCGUUUAAAGUCCGCGACCACUAAAGACUAUCCAGUGCUAGUCACUGCAUCAAAGACGUUCAAGAUCCGGCAGAAGAACCACUCUAAUUGUGUUCUGCUUCUCAGCGAGCAUAACGGUGCUGCCUCCUCAUACGCGAGGUUCUCAAAUGAGCUCGUUUUAGCGACUACAGAGCCGACGAUAAAUCUACACGGAAUUUCAAUUCUGACAAAACUGUCAGAGCUGACAAACAAGAAUCGUGUCUCCUUGGCGAGCGUAUUUGAGAACUCCCCAGUGUCCGAGGAGGAGUUUGCGCGUCUGCGUCCUGAGCUCAACCUCGUCGAGCUAGAAGGAAAUGCCUACGUUCUACACGAGGAACUUGUGCGAGAUUGUCUCAGCAGCAUACUGAGAGCCGUUAUUGAAGAGCUGGUGGAGUCCGGCGACGAGAUGAACAUAAUGACGCGGCUGCAGAAGCUUAAUAAACAAUGGGUUUUAGACGUCGUCGAGAAGCGCCAGGACGAGUCGUACCCUCCAGAGAUCGUGCAAACGGUACUUGCAAAAUUUACCAGGGAAUCAGACAGGGGACUGGCAUUUCUCAACGAAAAAGUAGUGCGACUCUACGGCGUUUUGCUGCUCAAAACCAACGCGGAAAAGAUGAAGGAAGACGACUUUGCUCUCAACCUCAAACUUACAAUGCCAUUCAACUAUCAUCCGGACAUCAAAUUGGAGUAUCUCGACGGAAACUUUAUUACCGAAAACGGAUUCAUCAGGUACUUUGCGGAAUCGGAUUUGAGCGAGAAUCCGAUCGAGCGCAUUUCGGAGCUGUUCAAGCUAAAGAAAGAGUGGAAGCUGGAGGAGAUCGAACCGUUUGUGGCAAGAAUCAACACUAAGAAAAUAAAAACCGAUAAAUUCCUCCUCAAGUACGCAAAGGUCAGACGUGUGGGUAAGCAGACAGUGGUGUGUGCGAAAACAUAG